CCCGGGAAUCCGCAACUCUGCGGUCCCACGCCUUACGCACUCUUCAACACAAUCCUCUGGAAACCGAUGGAUGAGAAAAACUUACAGUAUUUGUCCAUUAAUUCGACUAAUUAUACGGGCUAUUGGCAGACGAGUACGUGGGAGUCGAGUGACCUGAACUCGAUCAAUAUGAACGCCUGGAGCACCAGUAGUAUGUGGAGAGACUAUAAGCAAAAGGCGUGUCAGUUCUGGAACGACUACAUUCCCGUAAUGGUUGGCCGAAUCCCGCCGACGUGGCCGCCGACCUAUGAGCCGUACGAAGAGGAGCUCCGUAUCUAUCGGGCGGCCACGUGGAGUAUUUUAGCCGCACUUAUCGUAUUAAUAGUUCUCGUAUUCAUGUGUUCGUGUCUUUACUGUCGGGCAAAAAGUUAUCGUUACGGGGACGCAGCCAUUGAUGACUACAUCAAUAUACCAGAUAUCGCCACAAUGGGCACUCAGUAUAGCGCACCGUCCACUCGGGCUAAUUCCGAGAGCAACUUAAGUUUUCGUUUAAAGUCUGAAUAUCCGCGACAACAGAAGUUUAAGUCCAACGAUAGGAUAUAUAUCCCGCGGGACAAACACACACAGGAGCUCCGUAUCUAUCGGGCGGCCACGUGGAGUAUUUUAGCCGCACUUAUCGUAUUAAUAGUUCUCGUAUUCAUGUGUUCGUGUCUUUACUGUCGGGCAAAAAGUUAUCGUUACGGGGACGCAGCCAUUGAUGACUACAUCAAUAUACCAGAUAUCGCCACAAUGGGCACUCAAUAUAGCGCACCGUCCACUCGGGCUAAUUCCGAGAGCAACUUAAGUUUUCGUUUAAAGUCUGAAUAUCCGCGACAACAGAAGUUUAAGUCCAACGAUAGGAUAUAUAUCCCGCGGGACAAACACACACAGGUCUGA